UUGGUUUCAGCAAUUUUAACUCUAUAUAUAGAGAGAUCUCUGUCAGAAUUGCAUUGUUAGCGUCUCUUGAUAAACUUAAUUGUCUUCCAUCACUGACGGUAGAGCUCUAUUGAUGGGUCUCAGCCCCCAGCUAGCUGCCAUCCUGCUCUGUCUUCUAGCAUGUACUGGGAACCGUACCCACGGAUGCAACGACAAAGCCCUCAAAGAGAUCAUUCACAUUUUGAACCAAGUCACAGAAAAAGGGACACCAUGCACCGAGAUGGUUGUACCAGACGUCCUUACAGCAAGGAAGAACACCACAGAGAAGGAGCUCAUCUGCAGGGCUUCCCAGGUGCUUCGCAAGUUUUAUUUCCCACGUGAGGUGACCCCGUGCUUGAAGAACAAUUCUGGGGUUCUCAAAGCCCUGAAGAGACUCCACAGGGGCAUCAGCAACCUGUCUCCACAGAGAAGCUGUACUGGGAAUGAGUCCACGCACACAACACUGAAAGACUUCUUGGAAAGCCUAAGAAGGAUCAUGCAAAGGAAAUACUGGCAGUGUGGAAGUUCCACGUUUUAA